GGACAAUUCAAGUGACCAGGAUUCAUGUACUCCUCCUCUUCUUGUACAUCAUCCAUAUCUUGGUCAUGUAGGGAAGCCAACGACUCCGCCCAGUCAGUAGCUCAACAUGGCUCUCUCAGGCUCAUUCAGAGCAACGUUGGCUGAACCAAUCCCUUCUGAUCCGCCUCGCUUCGUGGUCGGAGGUCAGACGGGAUCCGCGUCCGGGGAUGUCAAGAUGUAUGAAUGGCAUCGGACGCGUGGUGAGAUGCGACUUUUGGGACUCCAAACGGAUGUAGGGCAGCUCAGGGCCGUGGCUUGGUCACCUCUACCCACGCACCGACACAUAGUCGCCGCUGGUUUAUCCACUGGUAGAACUUUGAUCAUAUCUCUAUCACCUCAGACGCUCUCAGUCAAUGUCCCCGCGAAUCUCGGCACUCCAUCAUCCUCUACAUCCACUUCUACCGCUGCUGUUCUUGCACUGAAGAACCCAAGGUCCUCGACUUGCGUUGCAUUUUCCCCUCUUGACCCAAAUUAUCUCGCGACGGGAUACGAUAGGCAUCGAUCCGAUUACUCUCUACUCGUCUGGGACAUCUCCGCAGCCAUGUCCUUGAUUCCUCCAGAUACUCAGAGCGCUUGGCAUCGACCUCUGGAGAGGCUGGAAGUGACGACUGCUCGGACGACGACCGGUGGCCUCUCUGAAGAUUCAAAACCCACGGAACCGAGACACAUUCAACAGUACUGCGCAUCCGAACAAGUCAAUGAUGUCGCUUUCCUGCCUUCAGCGUACAAUAUCCUCGCAUCGACGAACAACAAGCAAAUUCGAAUGUUUGAUCUUCGAGCGCCGAAUUCAGGUCAAACCCCUGAUCCAUCGAAUAAUCACGUCUCGAUGCAGUGGAUCACUCGGGCCGUUCAGAGUCUUUCACCGGAUCCAAGUGCUCCGUAUCGUUUUGCAAGUUACGAGUCAUCCAAUUCGGGUAGCACAGUCCGAAUGUGGGAUACUAGAAAGUCGGGCGCCGAGCUAUUGUCAUUAGAUAUCAGUGGAGCCAUCCUUGGUAUCUCGUGGGCGCAAGGUGGAAGUGGCGUCUCACGGCUAGGUGUCGGCACGAAGGAUGGCGUCAGUGUGUGGGAAGUCAUCAACGGUCGUACUGUUGGUGAUGAUGGAACCCAUGAGUGGACUAGUCUAGGGGAGAUGAAACAAGUCAUUCGAGCCAAGCAGAACCUCCAGUCCUUCACCUUCUCGCAAUCUUCUGACAAGCACCGACCGGACAUCUUCUUCGUCCUCAAAGAUGGGAGUCUGAACGUCGGGUCACUCUCAUCAGCUCCUAAAGUGGCUUCAGGAGCCCGCGGUGACAUGGCCAUCGUGUCGAAGGAUGCGAUCGUCGUGGAUCCUCGCAUCAGCACGGAUGCAGCUUCGGAUGAACAAAGCUUGGAUUCAGAAGACGAAGGAGGGACCAUCACCCGAGCGAACCCAUUUCAACUGCAACCUGCCAGAGUGUCGACCAUUUUGGCCGAAGCACAAAGCUCUCGACCCGUCAGUCCUGCCCCGUCGACUUUGCUUCGUGGCAUGCGACGCGGUCCACCGCUCGAUCCGGAGGAUGGCAUCCAUCGUGAUUUGAUGAGAAGUGAACACUUGGAUUGGAGAUCGUGGCAGAGACUAUUGAGAAGUGAAAUGGGUCGCAUCAUGCAGCGACGAGCGGCAGAAGGCUACGGUGUAUCAAAUCUCCAAUUAAAUGCUGCUAUAGCGACCAAGUACCCGGGAAGCGAGAGACUCGCUGGAGUAUGGGAAUUUGUAGACCAUCUCAUUCAGGUGAUGAAUCCAAAGACAUCCCGCGACCGUUCUAUCAACCUCUCUCACGCUGGAAUCUACGCCAUUUGGACUGGACAAGACCUGUCCAAACCUACCCCAGUUUCUCCUCCCGCCUCUAUCCGCUCGCAGUCUACCCUUCUAUCCGAAUCGACCGAGCUUCGUAAUCCCUCCUUGACACCUACCGCUCGCGAGCCUGUCAAGCAAAACUCCGCUGCAUGGACAUCCCUCCGACACACCCAGCAUCAAAUGCCUGCUAGGUCGACGCCAAACGUCCCUCAAGUCAGUCAUACGCCGCCUUGGUCUCGCUAUGAUGCCGCUCUAGACCACGAGUUCUCGGCUGCUGUUGAGAAUCUCAGCAGACAUCGCGAUGAUGGCAAACGUGCACAACGUCUACCUUCAUCUUCAAAGAUAGCUCAACGGAGUAUUAUUCUCGCAGUGUGCGGCGAUAAAGGCUCGGAUGAAAUCCAUCGUCUCAUUGAAGACGGUAAUCGCACAAAGGCUUCGUGUCUUGCAUACUUUUCCGGCGAAGAGGAGUUCGCCAUCCGGAUAUUGCUGCAUAGCUCCAACUCGAAUCACAGGUUGUUAGGUACGACACUCGCCGGUUUCCUCCAGAAUACCCAAUCGACUCGGGGUACGUCGAGUUUUUUCGAGGAGCAUUGGCAAACGCUAGUUGCUCGAGUGGACGACCCCUAUAUGCGAGCCGUGCUGUCAAAGGUCGCUGGAGAAGGAUGGGACAGCGUCAUGGAGGAAGAAGCGAUGCCACUGUUGGACCGUCUGGCGAUUGCAGUGCAUAAUGUCAAUGAUCAAGAGCUGGGCGACUUCCUCUCUAACCGAUAUUCCCGCUUCAGUCGGUCGACUCUGCCCAAUCUGAGCAAUUUUCUCGCACUGCUAGGUUUUACCUCGCCGAGUAUUCAAGGCUUCCAGCGGUAUCUGGAACGGACGGGCGACCUGCAAACAGUCGCUCUGCUCUCAGUCUUCUUCCCUCAAUCAAGAUUGUCACAGCGGGAGCAAGAGACCAUUCGUCAUUGGACGGAGGCUUAUAGAUCCUUAUUGGACAGUUGGGGCAUGUGGGGUGAGAGGAUCGAUCUGGACACGCGACGUAUGGAGAUUGGCAAGAUGCUAGGCGAGGAUAGAGUGGCGGAGGAGGAUCUCGGCUCUGGCAAGGGGAUAUGCCCAGUGUGCAGCAAUGCCUUGAGCAAGGCACACGAGGAGCAUCUUCAAGGAGCGACGAAGAAUCGAGUGCCGCCGAAACAGAGGCAAGCCAAUUGUACAUAUUGUGGCCAAGCUCUACCUCGAUGUGUCAUCUGCUUGAGACACGUAGAGUCGAUGCAUCGGGACGAUUGGGACGAAUGGGUGGAUAUUGGAGAUACGAUCGACCAAGCGUAUGUGUGUUGCCUGACUUGUCGGCAUGGAGGUCACGCCAAUCAUAUUUUGCCUUGGUUCGAGGGCGAGCAGGGCGAAGGAGGCAACUCGGUAUGCCCAGUGUCAGGCUGUGAUUGUCAUUGUGCAGAGAUCUAGCGGGGAGGGCCUUGGAGUCAAUUGAGAAUCAGCGAUCAGUGUGCACCACGGAAU